AGUUGAUGAAGGUGAUAUUACAUUUUCACUAAUGCAACUAUCUAAAUUGAACGGCCUUGAGAUUGCAGAUCCGCCUUUGCAAUUUGAUGAACUUGUGAGUGACUAUUUGGUUCAUCUGGGGAACCAAGAUUUCGUUCAUGUUAAGACUGCCACUAACCAAGAAUGUGAUGAGGUUCAACAUCUUUGUAUCACCAAGUUUCAAAUUGUUCAAGAAGAAAGUAGACAUGUGAUUGAGACAUUACAUUCAACAGUCCUUCCUGUGGAUAUUGAGGCCAAUAGUUGGUUCACACUUAUGUUCGGCUUUGCUCUAGAAUUUGCGGAUUAUGAACCCAUAGAAGGGGAGACUGCAGCAAGCAUGGAGCAGCCAAAACAAGAAGAUGAAAUCCCUUUGGAUGAGAGUUCUUUUAUGUGGGAGGAAGAAGCCAAGCUGGAAAUAGCCUCAAUGCAGCAUGAAAAAGCCAACCCGAAAGAUGCAAACGGAAUAAACAAAAACAGAAGACAAAAAGAGAAAAAGAAAAAGCGGAUGGAAGGUAGAGGCAGUAGAAAACAAUCUGUUAUUAUUAAGUACCUGGAGCAGGGUAUUAUUAUUGAGGCAUUUUACUGCCAUAUUUAGUGUUAU